AUGGUCGAGUCCUCCACAUCCCCCAAAGACCAGGACGAACCCUACAAGCUAGACGUCAACGUCUACUCCGAGCCAGCGCCCAAGAGAGCGUGGUAUAAGACCCUUGCCUUCUCCAAUAAAGCGCCAGAGAAGGAAACAAUCCCAGCGUGGCAAGACGCUAGUUUGAGCGAUAAGGAACGGUGGAAGCAAUGGCACAAAGCAAAGGAUACCGAACGGUUUAAGAACUCAACAACAGGAUACUACACCAGAAUUUACAAGAGCAAAUACGGCUGGGUCUGGUUUACUGGCUUGUUUGGAGAAGAUUAA